AUGUCAAAUCAAGGAACAAUAUAUAGUAUACCAAAUAAUAAGAAACCAAAUAAUAAUAAAUUGCCCAAUUUAUUAAUACCAUCACCAGUUUCAAUUAACAAAUCAGAUCAAACCAAUAAACAACCUAGGCGAAAACCACCACCGAUAGAUUUUCUGAGAAUUCAAGGGGCAUAUUCAAAUACUCCUGAUACUAUAUCGCCAAAUCCAUCUAGCGGGACUCAUAGUGGUAUACAAAGCGCCGCUAGUGAUCUACUGGAAAAUUUAAAAGCACAGAAUAUUGAAUGUUCUAACCAGGAUAAUGAACAGAGUAAGAAUAAUGACGAAAAUAUACAGAAAAGAGUAGAAGAUUUAACGCCAGAAGACUGGAAUAGAUUGGCUAAUGAUAGUCAAAUAAUAGAGCUUAAUAAAUUGGGAGAAGGAAAUGGAGGUAGCGUAUCGAAAUGUACAUUAGUAAACGGAUCACAGGUAUUUGCUUUGAAAUUAAUUAACGCAGACCCUAAUCCAAACAUCCAAAAGCAAAUCAUAAGGGAAUUGCAAUAUAAUCGGGUAUGUGACUCACCAAAUAUCGUCAAAUAUUAUGGUACUUUCAUGGUAGAAAAGCAACUGAUGAUUGGUAUUUCUAUGGAAUAUAUGGGAGGCAGGUCAUUAGAUGCCAUUUAUAAGAGAGUUAUUGAACUAGAUCCUACAAACAGAAUCAACGAAAAAGUGUUAGGCAAAGUUGCUGAGUCAAUUUUAACGGGUUUAAACUACUUGCACCAGCAGCGCAUUAUCCACAGAGAUAUCAAGCCAUCAAAUAUUCUUUUAGACAGCGAGGGAAAUAUCAAGCUAUGUGAUUUUGGUGUUAGUGGUGAAGUUGUGAAUUCAUUGGCUACUACAUUCGUAGGAACACAAUACUAUAUGGCCCCCGAGAGAAUAAUGGGUAAGCCGUAUACUGUAAGUUGUGAUAUUUGGUCUCUAGGUCUCACUUUACUCGAAGUUGCAACUUGUAAGUUUCCCUUCAUCACAGACGAUAGCAUGCUCGGUCCAAUUGAGCUAUUGUCGUUAAUCUUGGAGUACGAGCCUAAGUUGAAUGACAUUCCUGAACAAGGCAUCUACUGGAGUGAUUCGUUCAAAAAUUUCAUAGGAUAUUGUUUGAAAAAGAACAGUGAGGAGAGGCCAAGUCCUAGACAAAUGUUGAGUCAUCCAUGGUGUAUCAGUCAACUGAAAAUUAAAGUUCGGAUGGAUAAAUUCGUGAAGAAAUUAUGGGGUCAAUUGGAAUAG